AUGGCCACGCGGUUCAGCGUCCGGGAGCACGUCGUCGACGCCUCCCACAUCCGGGACUUUGCCCGCGCGACCUCGACGUCCCAGGACGCCGUGCUGAAGCUCCACGUCAAGCAGUACCUGCCGCUGGACAACCCGGCCCCGCGCAAGGGCGACGUCACCAUCAUCGGCGCCCACGCCAACGCAUUCCCCAAGGAAAUCUACGAGCCCCUGUGGGACGACCUGCACCAGGAGCUCGGGCGGCACGGCCUCCGCAUCCGCGCCGUCUGGAUCGCCGACUGCGCGUGGCAGGGCCGGAGCGGCGUGCUGAACCUCCGCCGGGGCGUCUUGGGCAACGACCCCGGCUGGUUCGACUACGCCAGAGACAUUGUCCACUUGGUCAACACGUUCCGCAUGCCGCGCCCGCUCGUCGCCGUCGGCCACUCGUUUGGCGCCUGCGCGCUGAGCCACGCCGCCCUGCUGCACCCCCGCCUCUUCCACAGCCUGGUGCUGCUGGAUCCCGUCAUCGCCAUGUUCCACGAGUAUUCGGCCGCCCUGGGCAUGCGCCCCGCCGCCGCGAGCAUCCGCCGCCGCGAUGCCUGGCCCUCCCGGAGCCACGCCGCCGCCCUGCUGCGCAAGAGCCCCUUUUGCCGCUCGUGGGACCCGAGAGCCUUUGACCGGUGGAUCCGCUUCGGCCUCUGCAGCGUCGACGACGACCGCGACGACGACCACAACGACCACAACGACCGCGACGACCACGCCCACCAAGCCGACCACGCCGCCGCACAAGUCACCCUCGCCACCACCCGCCACCAGGAGGUCUUUACCUUCCUGCGCCCCGCCUGGCCGGCCUUUGACCCCCGCGGCGAGCGCGUCGUCGACCCCAAGCGCAUGCCCGACUGCGGCACCUCCCUCCACGUCGCCAUGCCCAUGUAUCCCUUCUACCGGGCCGAGCCCAUCGCCACCUUUGCCCGCAUGGCCGACCUGCGCCCCGGCGUGCUCUUCAUCGUCGGCGGCACCAGCACCGUCGUGCCCCCGCCCGACGUCGCCCGCAGGACCGACAUCACCGGCACGGGGCUCGGCGGCAGCGGCGGCGUGCCCGCCGGCCGCGUCAGGCUCGUCUCGCACCCCGACCACGGGCACCUGAUCCCGCUCGAGAGCCCGGCCUUUUGCGCCCGCGAGGCCGCCACCUUCCUCGAGCGCGAGCUGAGCAUAUGGGCCGAGGAGGAGCAGGAGUACGACGAGUGGGCCAGCCGGUCCGCCGACGAGAGGACCCAGGUUUCCCGCGAGUGGAAGGCCCACCUCGACAUGAGCAAGGACAGGCCGAAGAUCUAG